AGUUCUUUGUCCCCGGUACGAAUUGGAUCGGUUUGCGCGGUUCGUUACUAGCCUAUUUAAGUAUUUAAAGUCAACCAAACAAUCCGCGCGCACAAGAACACACACACACACACACACACACACACAAACAGGGAGCGCGGUGUCGGGUUUUCUUUAUCGCAAGGAAUCAAUCACUUUCUUGCCAUUGUUUGAUAGCGUGCAACUCCAUCUGGUCGCGCGGUUUCGUUCGGGUGUGGGAAGUGACUCGUCUUCAUUAGCCCACUGGACGGCGGUCAGAGUGGACGUUCUCAAAAGCGGAUACUGAUUUCGGUGGCUCGCCGGUCGCGUUUUUUUGCCCCUAGAGAGUGUGAUCUUGAUUGAAGAUGAUAUAGUGCGUGGUGGACUGCUUUUUAAGUGUGAGACUUUACGUUCUUUUGUGAGCCGCCAGACAGGUCGUGAUUCAUUGGGAAGUACAGACAGUCGAGCAUAGGCACGGGAAUAAGAACGAGUAACAGAACAACGCAAAGCGACAUGGAUAUAUUGCAACAGGAUGUGCGGGGGAUAGCCCUUACCACGAUCACCUCGGAUCCGCACGGACCGGUUUACAACGCAACGACGGUGCCAGUGAAUCGGAAAGAUUCGCGAAGCGUAGAAUCGAGCAUGGUGUUGAACAAUGCCAAUAAUGGUCACAACAAUAACCACAGUCUCUACCAGUCCCACAAUGACAUCGAGUCGCAUGGGAUCAUCCGGCCGUUUCAAAAUUUGCCAUCCUGUGAACCGGUGGACAUACAGUUCAAGGAUGUGUCAUACUGCGUUAGCAUGGGAUUCAGGAAAGGUCAGAAGGAGAUCCUGCACAACAUCAAUGGAAAAUUUCCCGGAUCUCAGCUAAUCGCAAUUAUGGGACCGUCGGGAGCGGGCAAGUCGACUCUGCUGGACGUGCUGUCCGGAUACCGGCGGACCGGGGUCGACGGAGCGGUGUACGUCAACGGACGAAUUCGGAAUCUGAACAGCUUCCGGCGGAUGACCUGCUACAUCACUCAGGUGGACCAGCUGCAAACGUUGCUAACGGUGCUGGAAAACAUGCGGAUCUCCGCGGAUCUGAAGUUAGGGCAGGAUGUGUCUAGGCACGAGAAGGAAUCGUUGAUCGAAGACAUCCUCACCGUUCUGGGGCUCUAUGAUCAUCAGAACACGAUCACCAGUCGUUUGUCGGGUGGCCAGAAAAAGCGCCUUUCAAUCGCGCUGGAGCUGAUCAAUAAUCCAACAAUUAUGUUUCUCGAUGAACCAACGACUGGUUUGGAUAGCUUUUCCUGCAACCAAGUGGUGGAACUCCUGAAACAACUUGCGAAGCAAGGACGCACCAUCAUCUGCACCAUUCAUCAGCCGUCGGCGAAACUGUUCCACGAAUUCGAUCAGGUCUACGUUCUGUCCAGUGGGGAAUGCAUGUACCAGGGUAGCACGAGCAGUCUGGUUCCGUUCCUGCAGUCCGUCGAUAUGCCCUGUCCGGUGUAUCACAAUCCUGCUGAUUACGUUAUUGAACUGGCUUGUGGCGAACACGGGACGGACAAAAUUCAAACCAUGGUGAUGGAAAUGGGCAACGGCGAGAGUACGGAAUGGUUCGGCGAUAAACGACGGGUGCUGAAGCUGGACCAGCUUCGGAAGAAGUACCCACUGAAGAAGAUCAUCGAGCAGAGCGGCGAUAAACUACAUGCGACUUCCCAGUGGCACCAGCUGGAAGUGCUGAUCAAGCGAGGGAUCAUCAAGGCCAAGAGAGACUCCACGUUGACGCACUUGAGGAUAUGGGUGAACGUACUGAUCGCUGGUAUGCUCGGGUUUUUGUUCAUCGAUGCCGGUAAUGAGGGUUCGCGUGUUCUGGAUAACUACAAUCUGCUGUUUUCGAUUCUGAUGCAUCACAUGAUGGCGACCAUGAUGUUGACGGUGUUGACUUUCCCGACCGAGAUGGGAGUUAUCCUAAAGGAGCACUUUAACCGAUGGUACACGCUGAAAAGUUACUAUCUCUCAGUGAAUAUAAUCGAUCUACCUCUUUCGUUUGGCUGCUGUCUAACGUUCACGUGUAUAAUUUAUUUCAUGAGUGGUCAACCGAUGGAAGCAUUCCGGUUUGGAAUGUUCUUCGCGAUCAGUUUUCUGAUAGUGUUGAUUGCUCAAAGCAUUGGUCUGGCUAUCGGUGCCUGGUUCAACGUCGUGAACGGAACCUUCCUCGGCCCGGUACUGUCCAUCCCGAUGAUGAUGUUCGCCGGCUUCGGGGUGACGUUACGAGAUCUGCCCAGCUACCUCAAGUGGGGUACGCACAUUUCCUAUCUGCGGUACGGUCUGGAAGGCUACGUGAAUGCCAUCUACGGCGAGAAUCGGGCCACGCUGGACUGUGAGCUGCAUCCUUACUGCCAUUAUAGGUACCCAACAAAGUUCCUCUCGGAGAUCGCGAUGGAAGGCGAUCAGUUCUGGAAGGAUGUGUACGCACUUUCGAUUACCCUGGUACUGACCCGAGUUCUCUGCUAUUUCGUCCUACGGUGGAAGGUCAUGGCUGUGCGAUAAGCGUCACAUUUCCCAAACAGAAGGAAGUCAAUCCAGCAGGGAGCAAUUCCAUUAUCAGACUAAUGCUAGCGUAGAGCUACUGGGAGCGAGUCUCCCGUGUCAGUUGAUAUUCGUACACAGUCCAGCAUUCGGCGGUAGAAUGCGAAUUUUUUUGCUAGUGAAUACGGGGGGAGCUGAACUAAUUGCCAAAUAUAUCGAUAACUUUAUUAACUCAAGUGUAUUGUGUAAAUAACCUUUUCUCUACCGAGUUAUGCUAGUGAUAUUUAUUUUUAAUGAGUAAAUUUUUAUUGAGCAAAUAUUUUUGAUUUUUUUCGUAGAAUGUAAAAUGUUAGAAAAUUUGACAAAUAAAGUUUUGUUUAAUUCCACAUAAUGGGUGGCAUGGAUUUUUA